GGGGUGGGGACUCGUCCUGAGCUGCGGUCGGUGAAUAAAUGGUUAAACAAAAGAUGCAGGAGCUGCGCGAGUGUUUCUGAGCAUGUGCAUGUGCUACUGCUGCUGCAGUGAAGUAAAAAUGGUCAAAUCUCAUCUAUGAGCAGAGAGUCGGUGCAGGAGGAGGAGGAGGAGAAGAAGGAGGAGAAGAAGAAGCCGGCCACGGGGAGUAGAGGAGCAGAGGAGCAGCGGGAGAACAGCAGGGGCAUCCGGGACAAUCAGAGCCGGUGUGGAGCGUGAUCAUCCGGGCAGUGAGCUGAGGGAAACACCGCAGAGCCUCAUCCUCAUCUGAAGACCUGCAUCUCAUUAACUCGGGAAGGAAAAUUGAAGUGGAGGAAGGAUGGUGACCUUGGAAACCCCCGAGGCGCCUGUGCCGCUGACGGCGCUGUCACGCUGGUACCUCUAUGCCAUCCACGGCUACUUCUGCGAGGUCAUGUUCACUGCCGCCUGGGAGUUUGUCGUCAACUGCAACUGGAAGUUCCCCGGCGUGACCAGCGUGUGGGCGCUCUUCAUCUACGGCACCUGCAUCCUCAUCGUGGAGCGCAUGUACCUGGCGCUGCGCGGCCGCUGCCCCGUGCUGCUGCGCUGCAUCAUCUACACGCUGUGGACGUACCUGUGGGAGUUCGGCACGGGGCUGCUGCUGCGCCAGUUUGACGCCUGCCCCUGGGACUACACCGAGUUCCGGUACAACUUCAUGGGCUUGAUCACGGCCGAGUACGCCGUCCCUUGGUUCUGCGCCUCCUUCAUUGUGGAGCGCUUGGUCAUCCGCAAGACACUGCGCCUGCGCUUCCAUGAGGGGCCCGAGGACGGCUGGUCAAACUACCGGUUAGAUGCUGGCGGCGGAGGAGCAGCAGCAGGGGGAACUUUGGGCGGUGGGAGGAGGAGAGAGAGGAGCAGAGGGAUGGAUAAUGAUGCCAAUGGCUAUCUUAAAGUAGAAUGAACCGACACAUGGAAGGGGAAAUACAAACAACACAAACAGAGAGGUGUACAGACUAUCAGAACAAGCAAAAAACAAAACCUAAGUAGGGCUGUAAAUGCCCAUAUCACCCACUGCUGUCCUCUAUUGUCAACAGAGGCACAAUACCUCCAUGCUGCUGUGUUUGCUGCAUCUCAUAACACUCCCUCACGUGUGGGGUUGACCCCCCCGACCCCACCGUCCCACAACAAAGAACUCUGGAACUCUUACCCUAACGACUUGUGUUAUCACCUCAUGCAGGAAAAGAGGCGAUAGACACGUACACUCACAGGCCACUUUAUUAGGUACAUGUGCAUUAAGUGAUCUUCUGCUUAACUUGAUUGAAACAAGUGGUUAUAUGAGUUACAGUUGCCUUUUCUAUCAUUUAUAACCAGUCUGGACACCUAAUCCCAAUAAUACUCAGAGACCACACGCCGCAUUCAAAGUCACCUUUCUUCUCCAUAAUGCUGUGUCAGCAUGUCCCUUCUUCCUCGGCGCACUGAGUCGCUGCCACGCGAUUGGCCGAUUAGAGAUCUGCGUUACCGAGCGCUGUGACAGAUGUACCUAUUAAGGUGGUCAGUGAGUGACGCGUCAUUCUGAAAGAUGUGAAAAAAACAAAAAACAAAAGUAGCUGUCCCUUUUAGAAAUGUACAUACUGUCCUUUAGUAUUAUUCAUAGUCAUGUAGCUGCAACUGUCCCAAAAAUAACACAAUGUCCACCCUGAAGCUUCUCUGCAGUUACGAAUGCCUGGAGGGGUGGUGGGG